GUAGGAAUUGCAGCUCCAGCGGUUGCAAGGCCCAAGAAGCACAUCCUGGGAAGGAAAAUGCAUUGGGGAACCCUGUGUGGAUUCUUGUGGCUUUGGCCCUAUCUUUUCUACGUCCAAGCUGUGCCCAUCCAAAAAGUCCAAGAUGACACCAAAACCCUCAUCAAGACAAUUGUCACCAGGAUCAAUGACAUUUCACACAUGCAGUCAGUCUCCUCCAAACAGAAGGUCACCGGUUUGGACUUCAUUCCUGGGCUCCACCCCGUCCUGACAUUAUCCAAGAUGGACCAGAUACUGGCAGUCUACCAACAGAUCCUCACCAGUCUGCCUUCCAGAAACGUGAUCCAAAUAUCCAAUGACCUGGAGAACCUCCGGGACCUUCUUCACGUGCUGGCCUUCUCUAAGAGCUGCCACUUGCCCUGGGCCAGUGGCCUGGAGACCUUGGCCAGCCUGGGGGGUGUCCUGGAAGCUUCAGGCUACUCCAUGGAGGUGGUGGCCCUGAGCAGGCUGCAGGGGUCUCUGCAGGACAUACUGUGGCAGCUGGACCUCAGCCCUGGGUGCUGAGCCCUUGAAGGUCACUCUUCCUGCAAGGACUACGUUAAGGGAAGGAACUCUGGCUUCCAGGUAUCUCCAGGAUUGAAGAGCAUUGCAUGGACACCCCUUAUCCAGGACUCUGUCAAUUUCCCUAACUCCUCUAAGCCACCCUUCCAAAGGCAUAAGACCCUAAGCUUCCUUUUGCUUGAAACCAAAGAUAUAUACACAGGAUCCUAUUCUCAGCAGGAAGGGGGUCCACCCAGCAAAGAGUGGGCUGCAUCUGGGAUUCCCACCAAGGUCUUCGGCCAUCAACAAGAGUUGUCUUGUCCCCUCUUGGCCCAUCUCCCCCUCACUGAAUGCUUCAAUGUGACCAGGGGUGAUUUCAGAGAGGGCAGAGGGGUGGGCAGAGCCUUUGGAUGACCAGAACAAGGUUCCCUCUGAGAAUUCCAAGGAGUUCCAUGAAGAUCACAUCCACACACAGCAGGAACUCCCAGCAACACAAGCUGGAAGCACAUGUUUAUUUAUUCUGUAUUUUAUUCUGGAUGGAUUUGAAGCAAAGCAUCAGCUUCUCCAGGUUCUUUGGGGUCAGCCAGGGCCAGGGGUCCCCCUGGAGUGCAGUUUCCAAUCCCAUAGAUGGGUCUGGCUGAGGUGAACCUAUUCUGAGUGACUCAAGGCUUGGGUUCGUCUGAGCAAGGGCUGGCAAAGGUGGCUGUCCAGUUAGUUCUCUCGUAACUGGUUUCAUUUCUACUGUGACUGAUGUUAAAUCGCAGUGGUUGCAAUGUUAUUGCCCUGAGUGGAUCUCCAAGGACCAGGUUAUUUUAAAAAGAUUUGUUUUGUCAAGUGUCAUAUGUAGGUGUCUGCACCCAGGGGUGGGGAAUGUUUAGGCAGAAGGGAGAAGGAUCUAGAAUGUGUUUUCUGAAUAACAUUUGUGUGGUGGGUUCUUUGGAAGGAGUAAGAUCAUUUUCUCAUCUUCUGCAAUUGCUUAGGAUGUUUUUCAUGAAAAUAGUUCUUUCAGGGGGGUUGUGAGGCCUGGCCAGGCACCCCUGGAGAGAAGUUUCUGGCCCUAGCUGACCCCAAAGAGCCUGGAGAAGCUGAUGCUUUGCAUCAAAUCUAUCCAGAAUAAAAUGCAAAGGGCUGAAAGCCAUUUGUUGGGGCAGUGGUAAGCUCUGGCUUUCUCCGACCACUAGGGAGUGGUCUUUCCUGUCAUGGAGUGACGGUCCCACACUGGAGACUGCGAUCUUCAGAGCAGGGGUCCUUGGUGUGACCCUCUGAAUGGUCCAGGGUUGAUCCCACUCUGGGUUUAUUACAUGACAGUGUUCCUAUUUGGGGCUUGCAUGCCAAAUUGUAGUUCUUGUCUGAUUGGCUCACCCAAGCAAGGCCAAAAUUACCAAAAAUCGUGGGGGGUUUUACUCCAGUGGUAAAGAAAACUCCUUUAGCAGGUGGUCCUGAGACCUGACAAGCACUGCUAGGUGAGUGCCAGGACCCCCCAGGCCAGGCCACCAGGAUGGCCCUUCCCACUGGGGGUCACAUUCAGGAAGAUGAACGAGGAGGUUUGGGGUUUGCCGCCAUCCUACUGCUGUGUUUUUGCCAUCACACAGUGGGUGGUGGAUCUGUCCAAGGAAACUUGAAUCAAAGCAGUUAACUUUAAGACUGGGCACCUGCUUCAUGCUCAGCCCUGACUGGUGCUAUAGGCUGGGAACCUCACCCAACAAACAUUAAGAUUGAGGCCUGCCCUCAGGGAUCUUGCAUUCCCAGUGGUCAAACCGCACUCACCCAUGUGCCAAGGUGGGGGAUUUACCACAGCAGCUGAACAGCCAAAUGCAUGGUGCAGUUGACAGCAGGUGGGAAAUGGUAUGAGCUGAGGGGGGCCGUGCCCGGGGGCCCACAUGGAACCCUGCUUGCACUUUGUAACAUGUUUACUUUUCAGGACAUCUUAGCAUCUAUUAUAGCCACAUCCCUUUGAAACAAGAUAACUGAGAAUUUAAAAAUAAGAAAGUACCUAAGACCAUAACAGCCAACAGAUGGCAGGACCAGGACUUUAGCCCAGGUCCUCUGAUCCCCAGAGCAUUACGUGAGCCAGGUAAUGAGGGACUGGAACCAGGGAGACCGAGUGCUUUCUGGAAAAGAGGAGUUUCGAGGUAGAGUUUGAAGGAGGUGAGGGAUGCGAAUUGCCUGCAGAGAGAAGGCUGUUUUGUUGGCAGGUUUGGUGUGUGGAGAUGCAGAGGUGAAGGUGUGAGCAGUGAGUUACAGCGAGAGGAAGAGAAAGAAGAGACGGGAGGGAAAGGGCCAUGUUGAGACCUUGAAGGGUAAAGAAGUUUGAUAUUAAAGGAGUUAAAAGUAGCAAGUUCUAGAGAAGAGGCUGGUGCUGUGGCCAGGGUGAGAGCUGCUCUGGAAAACGUGGCCCAGAUCAUCACAACCACCUAAUCAGGCUGAGGCGUCUUAAGCCUUUUGCUCACAAAACCUGGCACAAUGGCUAAUUCCCAGAGUGUGAAACUUCCUAAGUAUAAAUGGUUGUCUGUUUUUGUAACUUAAAAAAGAAAAAGUUUGGCCGGGCGCAGUGGCUCACGCCUGUAAUCCCAGCACUUUGGGAGGCCAAGGUAGGGGGAUCACAAGGUCACUAGAUGGCGAGCAUCCUGGCCGACAUGGUGAAACCCCGUCUCUACUAAAAAUACAAAAAUUAGCUGAGCGUGGUGGCGGGCACCUGUAGUCCCAGCCACUCGGGAAGCUGAGACAGGAGAAUCGCUUAAACCCGGGAGGCAGAGAUUACAGUGAGCCGAGAUCACACCACUGCACUCCAGCAUGGUGACAGAGCGAGAUUCCGUCUUAAAAAAAAAAAAAAAAAAGUUUGUUUUUAAAAAUAUCUAAAUAAAAUAACUUUGCCCCCUGC